UUCCCCCUUCAUCAAUCAUAUUCUAAUUACCCUUCAACCACUUGCCACCAUGCGUUCCUUGAGCCUUCUUUUCGCCAUUGUCGCCUUUGCUGCUUCAGCCCUGGCCAUGACCCUCACUGCGCCCAAGGCUGGCGACAAGGUCGACUUCAGCAAGCCGUACAAGAUCACCUGGACGACGGUUCCUUCUGAUCAGGACCAGGUCACUUUAGAGCUGGUGAAUAUGGCCUCCCAGCCUACGGUCAGUAAGGUCAUUGCCGAGAAUGUCAAGGUCUCGGCCGGUUCCUAUACUGUGGACAAGAUCACCGGAAUCCCUGUUGCUAAUGGCUACCAAAUCAAUGCCAUUGCCAACUCGACCCAGAACACCGGCAUCCUGAGCCAGUCGAACCAGUUCAACGUCACUGCUGUGGGCAAAGUUGAGACGGCCACAGCAUCUGCCACCACUGCCACCAAGACCGCUGCCUCAGCCACUGCCUCGGCCGGCGCUGCCUCGAGUGUCAUGACGCUCAGCGGCCCCCUCGCCGUGCUCAGCGCCCUCGUGUUGAGCAUCUUUGCCGGAGUGCUGUAAACGACCCGUACCGAUUGGACCCUAUUUCCUUUGCCAUGGCCCAAGGGAAGUGCCAGUGAGACAAGCCAUCACGCCCAAUGUGUGCCGUUCGCCUGUCCGUCACCAAACUAACCGACCCGAUACUACCUACCCACCUCUUUCCUCCCUUCCUCCCUUCCAUCCUCUCUUAAGAUCCUAAUCCAGGGUAAGGGUGUAUAUAACCACCGUGCUCGAUACGAUCCGAGUAUGAGUGGUCCCGCACAAAUAG